UACCUUGCUAGUAUUCUUUAGGGGUUUCUAAAAACGGUUUUAAGAAGCGUUCGGGAAAGCUCGUCAGAAAUGUGCGAGCACAAUCUUCUUAGUUCUGGGUAUGUUGCUCCUCUUUUGAAUUUUCACUCUUCCGACUCCCUGUAUCUCCAAAACUUGCGAGGCAAUGGAGUCCAUCUAUCUGGGCUUUCGCAGAUGUCCUAUGGUAGAAGAGAGCUGUGCUCGCUCCCGUGGACUUCUCCAAGUUCGUGCACUACUCCGACCCAGAGCCGCGCCUACAGUGGCUACUCUCAGCCGUUCUUUAGCAGUUCAGCCGCUGUGAGCGCUAGCCUCAACACUCACAAGAAGGGCUCACUGGAGGAAUCCGGGAGGUACUACUUCCAAGAUGUCAGCCACAAAUCAGAGGAGCCUGGACGACCUAAUGCAUCUUACGCGAGUGAACAGAGACUCACUUCUGACUCCGCCAGCAACGAAGUUUCAAACUUGGAAAGGCGACAGCAGAACAGGCUUGCACAGAAUGAACUUAACUUCAUUGACCAGCCAGUGACUGAUGCUUCAAAGCAGUCUGUCAGCUCCAUCGCUCAAAUGCAGCCAUCACUGGACACCCCGACUAUUAGAUCAGCCUUCUCCGAUGGACUGCCGUGGUGUCCCUCACAGGUGAGAUCAAGAAAAAAGAGGAAACCUUACACGAAGACACAGUUAGCCGAACUGGAGAACGAGUUUAUGAUGAAUGAAUUUAUAAACCGACAGAAACGAAAGGAGCUUUCUGAAAGAUUGGAACUGAGUGAUCAGCAAGUGAAAAUCUGGUUUCAGAACCGCAGGAUGAAGAAAAAGAGACUUAUGAUGCGCGAGCAUACCUUUACUGUUUACUAAUUCUUUUCUUUCUUUCAUUAUAAUAAUAGUCUAGGAUUUGUUUGUUUUUUUAGGUGGUGGCAUCAUUUAUACAAAGUGACUUUUAUGACGGAGAUGCAAGCCCCCAAGCCCUUCUAUCUGGAAACGAUAAUCUCCAAAAAAACUAUGAAAUGUAAUUUAAUAUAAAAUAGAAUAUAAUAAAACUGAAUAAACUAUGGAAUAAUUACAUUUGAAAUUUAUAUGUAUUAGCCAUGAAGUCGCUGUAUUUGUAUAUGUCUGGAUGUAUGUUUUUGGUAGAAAAACGCUAAUUCCAAAGUGGUAAUGCUAGCUUGCUAUAUAUAGUCUAAAAAAAGAUUUUGUUGUUUAAAACCGCAGCAAAAAUUAGAGUAGGCACGUCGUGUGUAUAUUGGGUUCAUAUCAUACAUUCUGGCGUCAUUUAAAAGUACACUGGGCAGCUAACAGCUAACUGCAGUCAGACAUUCCAACCUUUAGUAAUUUUGAUGAAACCUGAUUAGUAUCUUCCGAUCUAAAAAUGUAAGUUUUGUUGUAUUUUAACCUAAAGUGUUACGUGUAAUAUUUAUUCAGUGUUCUGUAAAUUCUGCAUUACAUUAAACAUCUGCUUCU